GUUAUUCUUAUAAUCUUUUAACUUCAGACAACCACAACAACAGAAGUUCCCACGAUAAUAGAUCCUGCCGAUGCGUUAAACUUCAACAUAUCAGGAGACCUCAAUGAAAAUGGCGUACCGGUCUUUGCGGUGGACCAACGUACGCCCACUAAAAAGGAUCUUGAGACCUUCGGCACCUACAAGCAACCAGACUCCAUGCAGGAGAUAGGCAAGAUCAAUUCGGGCAUCCUUUCGAACGCGAGAGAACAUCUACUGCAGUUUGAUAUCUGGGUACCUUACAAUGUCACAGAACACGGCGAUCUAGAAUUUGGUGCUACACUCAAGAAGCGAAAUGCAGUCAGGAACCGAUAUUACCAGUGGACUGAUAGGACGGUCUACUACUUCAUCGAUUAUCAAUUUGACUCUGGUUCAAGAUCCCGAAUUAUGGAUGCCAUUAAUCGCUACCAUGCUUACACCUGUCUUAACUUUGUGCAAAGGACGAACCAGCAAAACUACCUGCAUAUCGUACCAACAGAGGGGUGUUACUCUUCGGUAGGGAUGCAGGGUGGAAGGCAGGUUGUCUCACUCGGUGGAACAUGCACAUACAACGUUGGCACCAUCAUCCACGAGUUCAUGCACGCCCUCGGCUUCCAGCAUGAGCAGUCUAGAGCGGACAGGGACUCCUACGUAUGGAUCUAUUGGCAGAAUAUCAUUCCAGGGAUGGAAUUCAAUUUUAACAAGUUCGACGAGGCCGCGAUCGACCACCUUCAAACGAGUUACGAUUAUUAUUCGGUGAUGCAUUAUCCACAGGACGCGUUCACCAUUAACGGUCAACUUACUAUCCAACCAAGCCAGGGAAACUAUGCCAUAGGAAACAAGAACGAUUUUAGUGAGAACGAUAUAUACAAGAUCAACGCAUACUACAACUGUGGAACUGGGGGUGGAGGAGUCCCUAGUUGUACUGACAACAAUAAUGGGUGCUCAUCCUGGGCCAUUAGAGGUUACUGCUUCAGUCCGUCCUAUCAGGACUACAUGGCUACCACCUGCCGAGCAAGCUGUGGCAUAUGCAGUGCUGCACCUGAUCCAAGCCCAACUGAACCCACGGUCACUUGCCGGGACAUGUUCAUUCGUUGCCCCGAAUGGCUAAGAAGGAGGAAUGCGUCAACCCGCAGACCAAAUCAUGGAUGCAAGGCAACUGUCCAGCCAGUUGCGGCAAGUGCACUGCAACCCCUGGCCGUCCGUGUAAAGACGAGAAAAAGGAGUGUCCGGAUGGGCAAGAAACAGGGAGUGUCUCACAAACACCGGACUUCAUGCUGCAGAAUUGUAUGAGGAGCUGCGGGCAUUGCGAUAGGAAUGGUGAGUGGAGGGGUAGAGUGCCAUGAUAAUAUGAUA